UUGAUUACAAUGUUUAUUUAUAAAACGUAUGGUUUCAGUGUCAAAUAUUGUUUCAAAAUGUUGUUUUAAAAUCAUGUUACAGAAUUGUUGUGAUAAGUGAUGUAUGUUACUAACAAAUCUUUAUUACAAUUUCUGUGUAUUGUAGUAUUAAUCAAUUUGAGUUCUCCAGACCACAAGAACUUAAAGGCUAAGUCAACUGAAGACAAACCUAAAGUCAUUCAUGGUCGUUAUACCAGAGACAUCACCGACUUCCACAUAGUUGUCCCUCAGAAAGUUCAUCCAAAUGGCUCCUUCCAUUCUCACCACCUUCCACACUAUUUCCAUCCUUCCGUGCGAAAAAAGCGGAACCUAGAAGAUGAAAGGAUCCACUACCUGUUGCACUUUGGUGGUUUGUCUCAUGUGCUUGAGCUCGAACCCAACGCUCACAUAACCUCUCCCGGCAUGUUGGUGGAGACUAGAGCCACAGGCAGUGACAUUUCCGGAGCUACAUUUCGACGUCCCCGCAGACACUUGUGUCAUUUCCACGGCUCAGUGCGAGGCAGUCCCGGUUCCCGGGUGGCAAUAUCAUCUUGUGAUGGGUUGGUUGGUAUGAUACGGACCGCAAGCGGCACGUUCUUUGUGGAACCACUUCACGGAGAAUCCCCUGAAGAAGGGAAGGAGCACAUUCAUGUGGUCUACAAGCGGUCGCUACAGCCCACUGGACGUAGUUGCAAUGUAAGAGGAGAUGAUUGGUGGAGUAUAUGGACGACUCGGUUACGUCAAUACAUGGACUCGCAUCCUGUGCGUAAACGCUCGGAGGCAGGAGUGACCGUGCAGCGAUGGUAUGAGCUUAUGAUCGCCACUGACAAGAAGUUUCUUACAUUUCAUAAGGAUAUUGAUGUUGAAGAAUAUGUCAUCUGCAUCAUGAACAUGGUAGCAGAUUACUACCACGAUAAGAGUGUUGGUAAUUUGAUUGACAUUGUCAUCGUUCGGAUUAUAUAUUUGGAAAAACAGGAAGAGGAAAUAGAUCUGGAGACCAGCAACUCUGGAGAGUCCACAUUGGACAGUUUCUGUAUAUGGCAGGCGAAGAUGAAUCCCAAGGAUUACUUCCACCCGAACCAUCAUGACCUUGGAGUUCUCUUAACCAGGUAUGACAUCUGUUCAGCGGACGAGGACGGAUGUAACCUGCUGGGGUUGGCGCACAUGGGCACGGCUUGCUCCAAUGACCUCAACUGCUGCAUCAAUGAGGACUCUGGCCUGAUACUGGGGAUCACUGCUACGCAUGAGAUCGGCCACACGUUGAGCUGCACCCAUGACGCGCCAGAGGAGAGUGGUUGUGAACCUGUGACGGCGGCUGGUGACUCCACAAUCAUGAACCCCCGCUGUCUUCAUCAUCGGCAAACCGCUGAGAUGCAAGCCACCAUUCAUGUUCGGGAACAGAUAAAAGUCGCUAGGAGCUAUCUGGACUAUAUCGGAGAUGCUCAAACAAAGGUCCCAUUUGAACCGGGCCAAAAGUCCACUUGUUCUAUGAGUUUAGUGAGGUUCACAGAUGGAGAAAGAUGGCGGCAAAACAAUGUCAUUUGGCACUCCCCUGCUGAGGGUACAAAAUGUGGCACUGAUAAGUGGUGUUUUAAUAAGACUUGCGUAAUGAUUGGAGCACGGCCCCAGGCCGUCAAUGGGGAGUGGGGAGAGUGGGGGAAAUGGAGCCCAUGUUCCCGCACUUGUGGAGGUGGUGUGGAGGUGCGUGAACGUUUAUGUGACAAUCCCCAGCCAUCCAACAAAGGACGGUACUGCUCUGGCAAACGCUCUGAGUACAACAUGUGUAACACUCAGGAAUGUACUGACAACAGUGGCCCAACAUUUCGAGAAUUGCAAUGCACUGAGUUUGACAAAAAGCCUUUCGAAGGUGUAUUGCACACUUGGAAACCCUACAAAGCACCUGAUUCUGAUCCCAAUCCUUGUGCACUGUACUGCCUGUCUAACGAUGGGGUCUACACUAAACUGGCACCCAGAGUGAAGGAUGGAACUCGCUGCAAGCCGGGAACUCGAGAUACCUGCAUUCAGGGUGCCUGCAUGCCAGUGGGCUGUGACUGGAAGAUAGCAUCAGAAGCUGUUGAAGAUGUCUGUGGAAUCUGCGAUGGUGACGGGACUCACUGUACCGUUGUUGAGGAUGUAUUCAAGGGUGUUCCAACAACAGGUUAUGCCCCUAUAGCAACAGUGCCAAAGGGUGCCAUGAACGUGAAGCUGGCAGAAAGUACAUCCUAG